AUGUCAGAUACCUGCAUCGUUUGCCUUGGAGACUUGAGCAUCGGGAAUGCCGAGAUCGUUGGCCUCUCCGUCACUGACGCCAAGUCUCCUCCGCAGCAUGAUGCCAACAUCAAGACUGAGGCUGCCCACGACAACGAUGUCAAGGUCAAAGUCGAAGAUGCUCCUGAACUGAUCGCCAAUAUCAAACCCUGUGAUCACUUCCUCCAUAACGAGUGUCUUACACCAUGGGUCGAGCGGGCCAACAGUUGCCCUAUUUGCCGAGCAUCCUUCCACUUGGUCGAACUCAAGGCCAGCAUAUCAGGCCCUACACUCUCCACAUAUACUGUCGAAGACCGCCAACAGGUUGCUGACCUUGACCCCUCUAUGUUCCUCGAGUAUGCCGAGGAGGAAGAGGAUGACACCCCGUGCCAAAACUGCGGAGAAGAUGACAACGAGGAUGUCCUCAUGUUCUGCGAUGGGUGUCAAAAGAUGUGGCAUACAUACUGCGUUGGCCUUCAAGAAGUACCCUACGGUGCCUGGUUUUGCGAUAACUGUCGUGCCCAGCGUACCUGGGGUCCCCGUGCCCCGGCCGCCGCACGAACCGCACAGCCAGGUAGACGCCGGACUCGUGGACAGCAGCGCCGUCAACGCAGUCUGCAAGUCUCGCAUGACCAGAGCUGGAAUGACGUGUGGCAAUCCGUAUGGUCCAGAAUCAACCUCGACUUGGACUUCCCUUACGACGACGAUGAAACGUCCGCUACCUACAUCCGCCGCCACCGGCAGCGAAACUUUGCCGAGAACCGCUCUGCUCACGAGGCAUGGCGGUCGCGCCUGCGUGUAGCAGAGCUGCAAGGGGCUGGCAAUCGUUUUAGAGAGACGGAGCCAACCUUGUCUGGACUGACGCGCCACCUUCGCUCACCAGUGCCACAAGUUCAAGACCCGGAAGAGCUUCUCGCAUGGGACGCCUUCGACCAAGCUCGAGCACAUUCGGCUGAGUCGAGCUCUGCGCGACGCGGCAAGAAGAGAAAAUCUCGCUCGUCAUCGCCUGCGCAGACCGAAGCCGAAGUCGCCCCGAGUCUUGUACCUGUCAAGCGAAGAAGGACCAGUCAAUCUGCUGCGCCAACUCCUGAAGGAGCUCGAGGGCGUCGUAUCUCUAGGCCAGAAUCGCCACUGCCCCGCCGUUCCCUCAUGCUCGACUCCGUAGGUCCUAGCUUCCUGCAAUCGUUACUGCAGGAGGUCGAGGAUUCAUCGGAUCGCGCUGGCCCUAUACUGAAUGCUACGAUAACCCGUCCUAUUCGAACAGCAGGCAGUCCUCCAGCUACCGAACAUGGCUCACCUCGUCCCUCAUCUCCAGCGGGAUCACCGAACCCCUCAAACCACUCUUCGCCUCGAGCAAUGUCCCCGUCGCCACCGCCACCAGGCCAUCGUCCAAGCUCACCGGCAACGCUCACCUCGAGCAUUCAACCAAUCUACCCGGAACCACAACGCAGCACAUCCCCGACGCGCGAAGCUCCCAGCAGCGAUGCUAGACCAAGGCCGAAUCGCUCGUCCUCCAACGUUACUACCGGCGUUGCCCAACCUACGCCUCGCCCACGCCAGUCUCGCGUACCUCGCGUACUCGAACAGAGUUUGAAUAACACAGUAGCUUCACCUUCUCCUACUCGCCCCUCUCACAAUGCAAGUCCAACGCAAUCCAACCAUGCCAACGUCAUUCUUCAUCCCAGCGAAACCUCACCAGCUCGCGCUAGCAUGUCCCUUUCGGCCAAGUCUGAUAUCCAAAAGCUUGUAAGUGCGGCCCUCAAGCCACUCUACACCGACGCGACCAUAACCAAGGAUGAAUACACAAUCAUAAACCGCGACGUCUCUCGAAUGCUUUACGAGCGAAUUGGUGACUUUAACACACUGGAAGAUGACCAGCGGAGCAAGUGGGAAAAGGUGGCAGGUGAGGAAGUUGGACGGGCAGUGGUGGCAUUGAAAGCCGAAGGCUGA